UUCUGGAGCCCAGAAAUGGUCCGCAUUGCUCAGGAUAUGACUGUCUCCUUGUUCAUCCUCCUGUCUGCACUGGAUCUCCCACAGGGGGUCCUGUCCCAGGUGCAGCUGCAGGAGUCGGGUCCAAGAUUGCUGAAGCCGUCACAGACUCUGUCUCUCAACUGUGCCAUCUCUGGGGACAGUGUCUCUAGCACCAGUGCUACUUGGAACUGCAUCAGACAGCCCCACGGGAGAGGCCUGGAGUGGCUCGGAAGGACAUACUACAGCUCCAAGUGGUACAACGAGUAUGCACCAUCUCUUCAAGGCCGAGUGACACCACCCCUGACACAUCCAAGAACCAGUUCUCCCUGCAGCUAAGCUCCGUGAGCACAGAGGACACGGCCGUGUAUUACUGUGCACGAGACACAGUGAGGAGACAUGAAUGGGAGCCCAGACACAAACUUCCAUGCAGGGCCGCUCAGUGCCAGCAGGGGUCGCCCAGGACCUACAAGGGCCGCCUGGAACCGAGAGGGUUCUUGAGAGAAAGGCUGAGGGGGAGGGUGCAUAAAACGCUAGAGAAUUCUCAGUAUCAG